AUGCCAGCGUCCGAGCCAUCCAACGACGCUUAUCAGUGUGACCUUCUCUUGCGCCAUCGACGCCGGUGUCUGCGGUCGACCAAACCCAAGGUACGCCGGAAAGCGUGCAAUGCCUGUGUGCAGGCCAAGACCAAAUGCUGCUGCACGCAACCGACCUGCUCGCGAUGCGCCAAACGGGGCGUCCGUUGUGAAUACGUGUCCAUCGCCAACACAGCAGCCUCGAUUCCCUCUGAUUCUUCCGACUCCACCUCCUCCCCGUCGGCCAGAGAUCAUCCCAGACCCGACGAAACCCGCGUGAGCACGACCGACUUCCCGUCGCUAUGGAGCCCUCGGAGCACGCUGGACGGUCCCGGCGAUGACAGCUUGGACUCGUGGAGCUCCCAGAACUUCAUCUGGACCCUGGAUGCCCUCGAUCUCCCGCCGUUGCCCUCGUCAGCAAGCGUAGUCGACGAAGUCACCCCGGGCCUGACGCCGGCAGUCCCGACCAGCCAUCCGAGCUUCACAUUUCCACUGACCUCGGCUCCGCCGCCACAGUCGUACAGUACGCUGGUCGGGGAGACCUCCAUAGCGCUGCCAGGGCCAGGGAUUCCCAAUGUCUCCACCCUGACCGAUCUGGGCGGCAGUCUUGAUGUGCCCGUGCGGCCACCCAAUUACGUCAGUCUGCUUGCACAGUAUCCGAGACUCUUGCUUCAGGACGAUUUCUAUUGUCCGUUCGUGCACCGCACCCUGUUCAACGAGCAUGUGGCGGACAUGACCAUACUGCCGCACACAUCCAUGGCCAUCUGCUGUGGAAGUGCCUUGGGCGCCAGGGAUGCCGCCGGCUACGUCAAGCGAGCCAUGGACGCGCAACGACAAUGCCUGAUCGAGUCGUAUGUAAGUAAGGCCUUUUGUCGAUCAUCUCCUCGCGUGCUGACAGGCCAGCCCACGUACCUCUGCAUGGAACAGUGGGACGCUCUGCACGCAAUGCUCCUAUACGAGAUCCUCGAGAUGGGCAUCGCGUCCGUCGACGAAUCCGAGAGUUGGAGACGAAAGCGCAGCACCAAAGGGCUAAAGUCGCCCUUCCUCUCCAAAAUGACCCAGUGUUUCUCGCGGUCGUACCUCGAGACGCACGAUACGGCCCUCCUGCCCCCGGCCGACGCCGACACCGACGCCCCCGACUCCUGGGUCAAAUGGGCCGUGGCCGAAACCGCCCGCCGCACCAUCUUCCUCGCCAACAUUGUCAAUUUCUUCAGCAACCGCGAUCUCAACUGUGGGCGUCAAUCGCCCUACUACGAGCCCCUCAACGACGAGCUCAUCAUGAAUAUGCCUCUACCCUGCGAUCAAGCGCUGUGGAGCGCCCGCACCGAAGACGAAUGGCGCAAGGUUGCGCCUGCGUCCCCUAUCUCUCCUGGAAUCACUGACGCUUUUUCAACCUUGGGCGCUACUGGUGGUGCCAUUCCCGUGGGAGAGCAGCUGCUGAAUCACCAGCAGCAACCCUCGCUCAAGACGCUUUUGUCCAAGUUCGCCAAGGACGAUCUCCGGGCGAAUUGCGUGACGAAUGCGGGGUUUGCCGACUCCAAUGAGCUUCGGUCGUUUAUCAUUCUCUGUGCGCUGGAGCAAUUUGCGUGA